CAAGAGCGUUGGGGGCGGAAGUGACGAGAAGGUGGUAGUCGGGUAGUUGGCGGGUGGUUGAGUAGAACCGGUCGCCAUGUCCGCGGGGAGCGCGACACAUCCUGGAGCUGGCGGGCGCCGCAGCAAAUGGGACCAACCAGCUCCAGCCCCACUUCUCUUCCUCCCGCCAGCGGCCCCAGGUGGGGAGGUCACCAGCAGUGGGGGAAGUCCUGGGGGCACCACAGCGGCUCCUUCAGGAGCCUUGGAUGCUGCUGCUGCUGUGGCUGCCAAGAUUAAUGCCAUGCUCAUGGCAAAAGGGAAGCUGAAACCAACUCAGAAUGCUUCUGAGAAGCUUCAGGCUCCUGGCAAAGGCCUAACUAGCAAUAAAAGCAAGGAUGACCUGGUGGUAGCUGAAGUAGAAAUUAAUGAUGUGCCUCUCACAUGUAGGAACUUGCUGACUCGAGGACAGACUCAAGAUGAGAUCAGCCGACUUAGUGGGGCUGCAGUAUCAACUCGAGGGAGGUUCAUGACAACUGAGGAAAAAGCCAAAGUGGGACCAGGGGAUCGUCCAUUAUAUCUUCAUGUUCAGGGCCAGACACGGGAAUUAGUGGACAGAGCUGUAAACCGGAUCAAAGAAAUUAUCACCAAUGGAGUGGUAAAAGCUGCCACAGGAACAAGUCCAACUUUUAAUGGUGCAACAGUAACUGUCUAUCACCAGCCAGCACCCAUCGCUCAGUUGUCUCCAGCUGUUAGCCAGAAGCCUCCCUUCCAGUCAGGGAUGCAUUAUGUUCAAGAUAAAUUAUUUGUGGGUCUAGAACAUGCUGUACCCACUUUUAAUGUCAAGGAGAAGGUGGAAGGUCCAGGCUGCUCCUAUUUGCAGCACAUUCAGAUUGAAACAGGUGCCAAAGUCUUCCUGCGGGGCAAAGGUUCAGGCUGCAUUGAGCCAGCAUCUGGCCGAGAAGCUUUUGAACCUAUGUAUAUUUACAUCAGUCACCCCAAACCAGAAGGCCUGGCUGCCGCCAAGAAGCUUUGUGAGAAUCUUUUGCAAACAGUUCAUGCUGAAUACUCUAGAUUUGUGAAUCAGAUUAAUACUGCUGUACCUUUACCAGGCUAUACACAACCCUCUGCUAUAAGUAGUGUCCCUCCUCAACCACCAUAUUAUCCAUCCAAUGGCUAUCAGUCUGGUUACCCUGUUGUUCCCCCUCCUCAGCAGCCAGUUCAACCUCCCUACGGAGUACCAAGCAUAGUGCCACCAGCUGUUUCAUUAGCACCUGGAGUCUUGCCGGCAUUACCUACUGGAGUCCCACCUGUGCCAACACAAUACCCGAUAACACAAGUGCAGCCUCCAGCUAGCACUGGACAGAGUCCGAUGGGUGGUCCUUUUAUUCCUGCUGCUCCUGUCAAAACUGCCUUGCCUGCUGGCCCCCAGCCCCAGCCCCAGACCCAGCCCCCACUCCCAAGUCAGCCCCAGGCACAGAAGAGACGAUUCACAGAGGAGCUACCAGAUGAACGGGAAUCUGGACUGCUUGGAUACCAGGUACAGGCUUCUCCAGUCAGAAUGAGAUUGAAGGUGCAGGAUCGAAGCCAGCAAGUUCCUCAGGCAAAGAGAGAGAGAGGGACAGGCAGUUGAUGCCUCCACCAGCCUUUCCAGUGACUGGAAUAAAAACAGAGUCCGAUGAAAGGAAUGGGUCUGGGACCUUAACAGGGAGCCAUGGUGAGUGUGGUAUAGCUGGGGGAACAGGGGAGUGACUAACUAAGACUGGUCUAAAGCUAUUAGUUUUCUCAGCUGGGCGCGGUAGCUCACGCCUGUAAUCCCAGCACUUUGGGAGGCCGAGGUGGGCGGAUCACCUAAGGUCAGGAGUUCAAGACCAGCUUGGCCAACAUAGUGAAAUCCCAUCUCUACUAAAAAUACAAAAACUAGCGGGCAUGGUGGUGGGUGCCUGUAAUCCCAGCUACUCAGGGGGUUGAGGCAGGAGAAUCACUUCACCCUGGGAGGCGGAGGUUGCAGUGAGCCAAGAUCAGACCACUGCCCUCCAGCCUGGGCAAUAGAGCAAGACUCCAUCUCAUAAAUAAAUGAAUACAUAAAUAAAGCUAUUAGUUUUCUAACCUGAUGUUCAUUCAGGUGUUUAAUCCAACCUCUAUAAUCUAUUGGCCAGUGAAAAUACUUUUGGGCUGGGCACGGUGGCUCACGCCUGUAAUCCCAGCACUUUGGGAGGCCAAGGUUGGCGGAUAACCUGAGGUCAGGAGUUUGAGACCAGCGUGGCUAACACGGUGAAACCCCAUCUCUACUAAAAAUAGAAAAAUUAAGCUGGGCAUGGUGGUGUAUGCCUCUAUUCCCAGCGACGUGGAAGGCUGAGGCAGGAGAAUCGCUUGAACUUGGGAGGUGGAGGUUGCAGUGAGCCGAGAUCACACCACUGCAUUCCGGCCUGGGCAAUAGAGUGAGACACUGUCUCAAAAAAAAGAAAGAGAAAGACAAUAGUUUCUAAAAAAUUGUAUACAGACAACCUUUUAUUUCCAACAAACGUGUAUCGAGAGAGAGAGAAAAUAGUUUAAAAAAAUUGUAUAGAGACAACCUUUCCUUUCCAACCAAUGUUUGUCGAGAGAAAAUAGUUUAAAAAACAUUGUAUACAGACAACCUUUCAUUUCCAACUAACGUGUGUCGAGACAGAGAGAAAAAAAUAGUUUUAAAAAAUUUUUAUACAGACAACCUUUUGUUUCCAACCAACGUGUAUCUAGAAAAGAGUUAGUCGACUUAUUUUAUACAUAGCAUCAGUGAAUACUAAUGAGUAGUAGGUCAUUUCAAAAUCCUGUUGCCUAUAUUGUGUGAAUACCAGGAGGUCAUCUGAUACGGACUUAAUAAAGGUUGAUUUUGCUUUAUAUUGGGAGCUGAGCCACACCUCCCCUUAUAGCUCUAUUGGUCAGUAAUGGUCAGUUUGUGGCUAUUAGGAAAAUGUUGCUUUUUAGCAUUCCAGAACUCUAAAUCCUGUAGAGGUACAUGGGAUAUUUUGUUCUUUGCCUGUACUCAUAAAAAUGAACAGAAGAAAAUACGUUUUUUCUUUUCUUCUUUUCUUUUAACUCUUUAAAAAGGUCUUUAUCAGCCCUCAAGAGACUCACUUGCUAACUUUCCUUUUUUUCUUUUUUUUCUUUUUUUUGUGUUUCUUUUUUCUUUCUCUGUUUUCUUACAUGGUUCUGGUGGAUUCACAUUUGCUGAUGCUGGUGCUGUUUUUCGUGUGAUCUUCAACGUUUUUGGGUGACCAUUGACCCUGUGACCUCAAAAUCGUGUCCAACUAACCACUUAAAAUUAACAUCUUUUUUUUUAAUUAACGAAUUUAUGGUAUUUUUUUUUUUUUUUCCCUUGGUGGGGAUGGGGUUGGGGUUGUUUUCCUCUAUUCUAGAUUAUCCAGCCAAGAAGAUGAAAACUACAGAGAAAGGAUUUGGCUUGGUGGCUUAUGCCGCAGAUUCAUCUGAUGAAGAGGAGGAACAUGGAGGUCAUAAAAAUGCAAGUAGUUUUCCACAGGGCUGGAGUUUGGGAUACCAAUAUCCUUCAUCACAACCACGAGCUAAACAACAGAUGCCAUUCUGGAUGGCUCCCUAGGAAACAGUGGAACAGAGUUUUGACCCUCAGUGACUUUUCUUAGCAAUAAUGCAUGCAUUUGAUUUAACAAGACUCUGGGGCCUGUGCUGGGAACCAUCUUGGACCUUUGCAGAAGUUAGAGAUUCAGUGCCCCCCUUUCUUAAAGGGGUUCCUUAACAACAAGAACAAAAAUCUUUAUUUCUGCGGUGGCAUAGAAUCUGUUAAAAUUUAAUUAGAAUCACAAAUUUAUCUCAGAAGCUUUUUAACAGUUGGUGAAAUGUGCUUGUCCAACAAAGCAUCCUAACAGGGUCGUUCCGAUACACAUUUGACCUGGUCCAGCCUUUUCCAAAUGAAUAGCCCCCAUUCUGACAUAAAGAAAGUUUUAUUUGUAUUUUAUUACUGUUUGGUCAAUUUUGAUAUAUAACUGGUUACAAACAGAGCCUUACUAUUUAUUAGUGGGGAAAUGAUUUUAAGACCAUCCUUUUCAGUAUUUCAUUCUGACAGAUCUGCAUCCCUCUUUUGUUUUGGAUUAUUUCUGUUUUGGAAAAUGCUGUCUCAUUUAAAACUGUUGGAUAUAGCUGGAUCCUGGAUAGAAAAAUGAAGUUAUUUUUUCAUUGUGUUUUUUAAUUGGGGUGAUCCAAAGCUGGCACCUUCAGGCACAUUGGUCUCAUAGCCAUUACUGUUUUUAUUGCCCUUCUAAGAUCCUGUCGUCAGCUGGGUCACAGAAAACUUCUUGACUAAAACUGGUCAGAACUCAUCACAGAAAUGAAAUACAGUGGUCUCUCUCUCCCAGAACUGGUUGCAGCUAAAAUAGAGAGAUCUGACUGCUGGCUAUAGGAUUUUGGACUUAAUGACUGAAAUUGCAACUUGUCCUUUUUCUUGGCAUUACAGGUUUUGCCAAAACAACUUUUUUGUAUCAAAUAUUGAUGUGUGAAAGUGAAGGAGCUAGUCUGCUGAACCAGGAAUAGUUUGAGAUAUUGAACUGUCAUUUUUGCACAUUUGAAUACUUUGCAGGCUGGCUUUGUAUAAACUUAUCCUCUGGUUUCCUAUAUGUUGUAAAUAUUUAGACCAUAAUUUCAUUAUAAAUAAAUGUAUAAAUAUUC